UUUUUGAUCGAUUCCUUUCAACGUAAACAUGACUAUCUAAGGAUUUCACUUACCGAACGGUGUAACUUACGAUGUUUCUAUUGCAUGCCCAGUGAAGGGGUGGAACUGUCGCCUCAGGGGAAGCUACUAACGGACCAGGAAAUCAUCCGUCUUGCUUCAUUGUUUGUAGAUAAUGGAGUUACCAAAAUUCGCCUCACAGGAGGGGAGCCUUCAAUUCGGAGAGGGAUUCUUGAACUCGUUCGAAACCUCCACGCGUUGAAAGAUCGUGGACUGGAAUCCAUUGCCAUGACGAGCAAUGGUGUUGCACUUCAUCGUCGCUUGCCCCAACUCGUUGAAUAUGGCCUCACGCACCUUAACCUCAGUUUGGAUACUCUCGAUCCUUUCAAAUUUGAACUUAUGACCCGUCGAAGGGGCCAUGAUGCAGUUCUGAAAUCCCUUGAUGUUGCAUUGCGUUCCCCCUUAGCCUCGGUCAAGUUGAACGCUGUUAUCAUUAAAGGCCUAAAUGAUUCAGAGAUCUUGGAUUUUGUGAAUCUAACCAAGGACAAACGCAUAUCAGUCCGUUUCAUCGAAUUUAUGCCAUUUACAGGUAACAAAUGGGACAAAGAGAAAAUGAUUCCAUCAUCAGAGCUGCUCCGCCGGAUCACUGCCCAUUAUCCGGAUGUUACCCGCAUGCUGGACAAACCAAAUGACACCGCGAAGUCUUAUAAGGUUCCUGGUUUUCAGGGAAACUUUGGCUUCAUUUCCAGCAUGUCGGACCACUUCUGUAGUACCUGCAACCGUCUUCGUCUAACCGCCGAUGGUCAAAUCAAGGUUUGCCUUUUUGACCCAAACGAAGUUUCUCUGCGCGACGCUAUGAGGGAAGGAUCAUCAGACAAGGAACUCAUCAACAAGAUCAGUCUCGCAAUUUCUGGGAAAAAGGCGAAGCAUGCUGGAAUGAAUGACAUCGAUGUUAUUAAAAAUCGGCCAAUGAUUCUCAUAGGCGUUGGGAAGCGUCAGCUCACACACCGGCUGUACAGCACUGGACCACGGUUAACACAUUUGGACGAACACGGGAAGGCCUCUAUGGUCGAUGUCGCUCACAAAACCUGCACCCCACGCUCGGCGACCGCUACCGGCUAUAUAUACGUCACUCGAGUGGCAUAUGAUCUUGUCUUCCGGCGGGACUCUCUGGAAAUUGCACAUGACUCCAGAGAGGCGAAGGCACAGAGGAAGGGGGAUGUUUUGGCGGUUGCGCAAGUGUCAGCCAUAAUGGCUGCCAAGAAGACAUCUUCGCUCAUUCCGUUGUGUCACCCGCUCACUCUCUCACAUAUUGAUGUAAAUUUCAUGCCGGAAUUGCCCCAGCCAGGCGUUGGCGGCGAAGACCGUCCCAAAAUCAUUUGCACGGCUCAAGUCACAUGCGAAGGCAAAACGGGCGUUGAAAUGGAAGCCUUGACCGCCGUCUCAGUUGGUCUAUUGACGAUAUGGGAUAUGUUGAAAGCAGUGGCUGGGAAAGAGAUGGAAAUCGGUGGUGUGAUGGUGAUAAAUAAAUCGGGUGGUCAAAGUGGUGAUUUUCAACGAGAUCGUGUUGACACGACAUAA